ACCUCACCCAUAGCUUUUGAAAUUUGAGGGUUUUUGUAUUUAAAUAACUUUAGGGGUGCAGUUAGAAGACAAAUACAACUUAUGUCUCUCUCUUUUAAUAUUUUUCGAAUUUCCAGUUCUAAGAUAAUCUUGAAAAUCUUCUAGACAGACACUGGUUCAGAGUGGUUAUGAUUUCGAAGUUCUGCAAAGAUGGCCGGAGAUACUACUUCCACCACCGUUCUCCCGUUGAAAAUCAUCGCCGGAGCUGACGACUUUGGAGCGAGCCUCAAGGACGCGAUGGUAUCCCACCUCCGUUCUCUCGGCAUACACGUGGAGGAUACCGGCGUUUCUUCUUACUACUCCGCCGGAUCUGAAGUCGGCCGCCGCGUGUCCGCUUCAUCUUCGUCCGAAGUUCGCGGCUUGGUAUGCUGCGGUACCGGCGUCGGAGUCGCGAUGUUCGCCAACAAGUUCCCGGGAGUGUAUGCCGCCACGUGUCUCUCAGUCGAAGACGCCGUGAACGCUAGGUCGAUCAGCAAUUGCAACGUCCUCGCAUUAUCCGGCAUGAAGAUCUCAACAAAAACUGCCGUGGAAAUCUUCGACGCUUGGAUCAAAACUCCGUUCAAGUCCCCCUGUCCUGCAUCCGGAUCCGAGCCAUGGAGCUCAUAGAUCUCUUCCUUCCUCGACAAUUCUCUCUCUGAGAUGGCUCAUAUCGGAAUAUCAACCGUCGGCAAUUCAACUACCAAAAAGAUUGAUGAAACAACCGCGGCAUGCGCGAUUUGUUGCUUGGCUAAGAACAGAGAGUUCACUCCAGUGGACAUCAUGCCUGGAGGCUCGAUGAAGAUCAUGAGGGAGACGCCGACGUCGGCGAUUGUAAGGUUCAAAGCGGCAAGUGUAGAACCAGCGCAUCACCACACAUUCGGCCAUGACCUUGUAGUCAUCAAGGGGAAGAAGACUGUGUGGAAUCUAAGCAAGAAGGAGAGAGUUGAUCUUGUUGACGGCGAUUACCUAUUCACUCCGGCAGGUGACGUUCACCGAGUCAAGUAUCACGAAGACACUGAGUUCUUUAUCACUUGGGAUGGCCAUUGGGAUAUUUUCCUUGACGAAGACCUCGAAACUGCAAAGAAAACCAUCGAAGAAGAAGCUUCAAUGUGAAUUCUUCAUUGCGUAAAACUUUCCAAUGCUGCAAUGUUUGGUUUACUUUUCAGGAAUCGAUAAGUAAGUAAGAAUCUUUGCUUCUAUUAUUUUUCAAUGUGUAACCUUGUCUUUUCUCUUUGUUUCGAAUGUUGUAACUUGUAAGCUUUGAGGAUAAAUCUUCUGAAGUACUUUGUAAGAAUGUUUGAUUUCAAAAGAUUGUGUCUUCAUAACACAAAUGCUUCUCUUAUGAACACUAUAUAAAGAAGGGUUUCUUCUACA